ACAUCGAUUCGUUUCGCAUUUUCGUUUCGUGUCUCAUUCGAUCAUGGCCCCACCAAAACCAUCAGCUAAAGGAGCCAAAAAGGCUGCUAAGACCGUCAGCAAGCCAAAAGACGGAAAGAAAAGAAAGCAUGCUCGUAAGGAAUCCUACUCGGUCUACAUCUACCGUGUUUUAAAGCAGGUUCACCCAGACACCGGUGUGUCAUCCAAGGCUAUGUCGAUCAUGAAUUCGUUUGUCAACGAUGUCUUCGAGAGAAUUGCUUCGGAAGCAUCUCGUCUGGCCCACUACAACAAGAGAUCCACCAUCUCUUCUCGCGAAAUCCAAACCGCUGUCCGUCUCAUUCUUCCUGGAGAACUUGCAAAGCAUGCUGUUUCAGAAGGAACCAAGGCUGUCACCAAGUACACUUCCAGUAAAUAAUUUAUUAAUGAUUACGAUCUCCCAUUAACACUCCUAUUCCCCAAUGUAUUUAUUCAUAUGUUCCUGUUUUAUACUAAAAACCUAAUAAAUUGGUAUUGGU